UUGAUUCACUGCCCACGGGGAGCCUGCGGAGCCGAAGCUUCCUCUCCGUGGAGAUUUGCAUACAACAUCCACUUCCUGCUUCGCAGCCUGCUCCACCGCUUACCUGGACCUGGAGAGGGCGAGGGAGGUCUGAGCGGCCCAAGGUGGAGCCCGGAGCAGAGCCAGCGACCACCCCCCGGGCCUGCCUGUCUGCAGCGGCGAUCGGAGAAACUAGAAUGAACCGAAGCAUUCCUGUGGAGGUUGACGAAUCAGAACCGUUCCCAAGUCAAUUACUGAAACCAAUUCCAGAAUAUUCCCUGGAAGAGGAAUUGGAACCACCUGCUCCAAAUACAAGGAACAUGGCACCCAGCAGCUUGUCUGCACUCCAAGCCCCUCACCCUGCUUCAGGGGACCUUUGUCAGGCUCACCCUCCCCUGAAACUUGCAAAUCACCAGCCUGUGUCACAACAGGUCACCUGCCUGCGCACUAAAGUCCUGGAGGAGAGUGAAGCCAGUUUCUUGAGAAGGCACCCCGAUUCUGGCAAAGGGCUUUGCUCCUGCUCGUCCGAAGCCAGCGAGCCUGAGUCUGAGUCUGUGCUGGGAGCCCUCCCUCCAGGGUACCGGUUUUCACUUAUGGAAAAACGCCAUAGACGGCUGGGAUCUCAGCUUUCAGCAGCUUCUCCCGACACUGGCCACGACUCAGACAAAUCGGACCCAAGUUUACCUAAUGCUCUGGCAGACUCCUCCAGUGGUGGCCAAGAGACGAUACCUCGGCCCCGGCCCCCCAGGAACAGAGCAGCCGCAGAUGUGCCCACAAUAGACACCGGAUAUGAUUCCCAGCCCCAAGACGUCCUGGGCAUCAGGCAGCUGGAGAGGCCGCUGCCCCUCACCUCCACAUGUUACCUGCAGGACCUUCCUGGGCCUCUGAGGUCCAGGGAGUUCCCUCAGUUUGAACUUCAGAGGCAUCCAGCACAUGCGCAGAGGCUGCCUCUCAAUCCUUCCCCACAGGCUCCAUGGAACUAUCAAUAUCAGUGCCCUGGAGGGCCCUAUCACCAGGCGCCAUAUGCUCAUGGCUACCCUCCAACAGCCUACCAGCAAGUCAUCCAGCCUGCUCUGCCUGGGCAGGUCCUUCCUGGGGCAAGGGUGAGAGGCCUGUAUCCUGUGCAGAAGGUGUUCCUGAAUUACCCCAACCCCCAGGACCAAGGAGAGAGACCUGUACAGAGAGACUUCUCUUUCCCAAGGCUCCCAAGGGACCAGCUCUAUCACCCACCAUCUAAUGGAGCUGGAGCUCCUGAGGCGUCCUUGGAACAUCCUGCAGAGCUGAGACCACAGGGUCCCCAGGCUCCCUCCCCAGCUGCUGUGCCUAGACCCCCUAGCAAUCCCCUAGCCCGAGGAACUCUAAAAACUAGCAAUUUGCCAGAGGAAUUACGGAAAGUCUUUAUCACUUAUUCUAUGGACACAGCCAUGGAGGUGGUAAAAUUUGUGAACUUUUUGUUGGUGAAUGGCUUCCAAACCGCAAUUGACAUAUUUGAGGAUAGAAUCCGGGGUAUUGAUAUCAUCAAAUGGAUGGAGCGCUACCUCCGAGAUAAGACAGUGAUGAUAAUUGUAGCAAUCAGUCCCAAAUACAAACAGGAUGUGGAAGGCGCUGAGUCGCAGCUGGACGACGAUGAGCAUGGCUUACAUACUAAGUACAUCCAUCGAAUGAUGCAGAUCGAGUUCAUAAAUCAAGGAAGCAUGAAUUUCAGAUUCAUCCCUGUGCUCUUCCCAAAUGCCAAGAAGGAGCACGUGCCCACCUGGCUUCAGAACACUCAUGUUUACAGCUGGCCCAAGAAUAAGAAAAACAUCCUGCUGCGGCUGCUGCGAGAGGAAGAGUAUGUGGCUCCUCCCCGAGGUCCUCUGCCCACCCUUCAGGUGGUGCCCUUGUGACACCAGCCAUCUCCAGCUCAGUGCAGUCCUGUUCUCACAGCAUUCUUCUAGCCGAGACUGGUUGGUGGCACCCGGGCCUGUUUCUGUGUCUUCUAGGGGGAUUCAGGCCCCAGAACACCUCUUCUGCAGAGUUCUCUGCCUCCUAAUACUUGGCUGCUCUGUAUUUCUUGCCUUUUACAAAACACACAAGGUGCCCGUGUCCUCCUGAGUCUGAGUUGCCCACCUUGGGCUUCCAGUACUUUCAGCGAGUGGAUACUACAGCUGAUGGCAGCACACACCUGUAACCACCAGAACGCUCAUCACUUCAGCUGCGUUUUAGGCCAAUCUGACUCACAUCCAAAUAAUAAAACGAUUGCUCUUUGUAAGAAUGUGUUUCAUUUAUCUGAAUGGAGACAGUCCUAUUAAUUUAUAUUGAAAUGGACAGGUGUGGGACAUCAACAAAACUGCUUAGAUAUAGUAUAGAUAAAGGUGACAGAGUUCUCUGUAUUAAAGGAUUAGAAUCAGAACGUUAAAUACCCAUUUUAUGUAACUAUAAAAGGUUUACUCUUACAGUUGAGGUUUUUAACAGAACAACGCUGAUUGUCAACAGUGUAAUGGGGCGGGGAGUGUGGCUCAGUGGUUGGACAUUGGCAACUCCCAGGACUGCAAGAAGAGGAAAAGGGCUGAGUGUUGGUGGCACACCUUUAACCCAGAACUUGGGAGGCACAGGCAGGGGGAGCUCUGUGAUCCAGGACAGCUAGGGCUACACAGAGAAAGCCUGUCUUGGGGGGAAAAAAAGAGAGAGAGAAAAAGUCUGACCAUUUAUGUAAAAAAAUACCUGAGUCUAUGCAUGAAGUAACAGGGGUGUGUCACACAGGCCAGAGUUGUGGUCUAGUUUUCUAGUCUCGGUCCUACUCCUAAGCACCUGCGACUAAAGCAAGUCUUUCCACUUUUCUGAGACCUUGGGUACAUCAUAUGGACCAAGUGAUUUCUAAUGAACCUAGAAGGUCUGAAAUCUGGGACCUAAAUGCUCAAUUUUCUUUUGAGAAGUAAUUGUUUAUUUCUUACAGUCACAUCUCCCAGGGGAUACAUUUAAUUUUACUUUUUAUUUAUGUUUUGUUUUUUGGAGAAAGGAUCUCACUAUAUAGUUCUGGCUGGCCCAGAACUCAAUAUAUAGAGUAGGACAGUCUCGAUCUUACAUCGAUCCUCCUGCCUUGGCCCUCUAAGUGCUAGGAUUACAGGUGUACACCAGCAUGCUUAGUGUCUUCAUUCCUAUUCCACUGCUGUGAGAUGUCAUGACCAAGGCUGUGAUUAAAAGAAAGCAUUUAACUGGGGGUUUGCUUACAGUUUCAGAGGGUGAGUCCGUGAUUAUCAUGGCAGGGAGUGUGGCGGCAGGCAGGCAGGCAUGGUGCUGGUGUAGUAGCUAGGAUCUUACGUCUUAUCGGCAAGAUGGAGGCAGAGAGGGAGGGAGACUGGGCCCUGGAAUUGGCUUUUGAAACCUCAAAGCCUACCUGCAGUGACACACCUUCUUCAACAAGGCCACACCUCCUAAUCCUUCCUAAACAGUUCCUAAACAGCUCACCAACUGAGAACCAGACAUUCCAAUCUAUGAAUUUGGAGCUGUUCUCACUGAAACCACCACACUGGACCAGAUUUUCUUUUUUAAAUGAAAAUUUAACCAGUUUUUUAAAAAACAGGAAAAAAUUUGAUUCAUAAUAACAAAAACCACACCUUAAUGGUUUUUGCUGAUUAUUUAGAAAAGAGUCUUACUGUGUAGUUCAGGCUGCCCUAUAACUGCUUAGGCCUGACUGGCUUGUAAUGUGUAAUCCUGCUGCCUCUACUUCCUGAGUGUUGGCAAUUAUAAGCAUGCAUCAAUGUGUCUGAUGGAACUUGCUCCUCCCAGACCCCAGUACUGAAGACUGAAUCUGGCGCCCUGGGCAUGCUCUAACAUGAGCCACCUCCCUAGGUCUCUGGUACACUCUCUUCUUCUAAAAAUGUCUUCAACAAUACACUCAACUCAAUAAUUUGGACUUAUUUAGUCUCCAAAGAAAUGACACAGCCAUUUAUAAAGCGUGUGUGUGUGUGUGUGUGUGUGUGUGUGUGUGUGUGUGAUAGCUAAAUGAACUGUUGAACCCUUGUUCAACAAAAAAAGAUCAAUAAAAAAGAUGCUUGGGUGGUGAGAACUAUUACUUCCUUUUUUUGCCUCAUCUGGUAAACAAGUUUCAACUUUGCUAUGAGAUAGUUAUGCCUCAAAUGUCAUUAUAGAGAAAGACAAAUACUCUUUAGCUACAAAAAAGAAAAAUUGCUAAUGAAUUGUAAAGAAUACAGUUUAACUACUUUAUGUCCAACAUGUCCACUGAGUAAAUACUUUAAAAAAGAAAAAAACGUGCAUAAUUUAAUUGCUCAUUUGUAUGACUUUAUGGCAAUAAUAAUGACUUCGAUGGCAUUUUAGAUCUGGUAGAGUUUUCUUGUUUGGCCAACUCUGAAUUCCUGGAAAACAUUCCAAACACCAACUUUUCAUUCUUGUUUUGGUUUGAGGUGAGACCAUUACUGAGGAUUCAACAUCUGUAGAAAUAGCUCAGCAAUUAGUUCUUUGAAAUGUUUCCAGCUUGCAAAGAUUUAGUAAUGUAAUGUUAUUAACCUCCCCCCACUUGAGAGACUUCCAGAGCAUUCAGCCAAUAGUUCCUUCUAUUCUUCCUGUCCCAGGUGGUUAAAGGUCCCCGGUGUGCCACCAUCAGUCCUUAAAAUGUUACAAUUGGUAGCAAAACAAGCAAAAUGUAAGCCAGCCAAACAACCAACCGAACACCCAAAAGUGUGUGUGUGUGUGUGUGUGUGUGUGUGUGUGUGUGUGUGCAUGUGUGUGCAUGUGCGUGCGCGCUCGCUCUUCUACUGGAUUCAUCCAGAGAUGACAACUUGGCUCUGAAGUGUCUAUGAAAUAUGAUGACCACCACCAGCAAAGGCAUUUUUAACAAUUAUUUUAGAACACUGAUACUCAGAUUAACACCUGGUUUAUUUAAAUAGGAUCCUGGUCCUUGUGUAUCUAUUUGUGGAUGUUUUGAGGGUUUAGAAAUAGGAUCGGGCUGACUUGGUAAAAAAUAACUUUGUAGCCUCGUGACUUUAGUCAUACAUAAACCAAUUUGGGGAUGUACUAAGUAUAGAUUUAGACUAUUUUCUGAUAUUUAGUGCCUAAUUUUAAUUUAAGUGACUGGCUUUCAAAAUACUUGCCUGUCUAGUGUAACUUCUAUAUAGUUCAAAGAUGUCUCCCCACAGGGCUACAAUCAAAGUAUUGGCCUGACUUUUCCUCAGCUCAGUGCUCAGAAGAAUCACUGCUGGAGACACUCUUCCCUCUUUCCCAUUAAACAAGCCACCCCCGGAAAGACUUGAGUUGUCUUAGUCAUCUCAACAGGAGAUGAAAGUGCUCCAUUCUGAACUUUCCAUCCUUAUUUUAGGAUGUUUUGCCGAGAGCACUUUUCCUAAUCCAGCCUCUUCAUCAGCUACCAUACCCACUUUGCCAAAAUCCACUCUGUCACCAUCACCUUUGCCAAAUGGAUUGCAAAGUUCUAUGAUCACUGAAAUGAGCCAGAACGAGUCUUUCAAACCACAGGAUCUUUCUCUUUGGUGUGCUGAGAAGACUCUGUGAGACCCUCUCCUAGCAGCAGAUGAAAUCAGAAAGCAGAUUACACUGUGGGAAAACAUCACAAGAAGCCACACCUCUGACCACAGAGACUCUUGUGCUAUUUUUCAGCACCGAUAGCUCUAGAUGAGAUAACCCAACAACAAACAAAAGGCAAGAAAGAAUAAAAGCAGCAAAAUAGUGACAUUUUAAGUCAUUUAUUUCUGUCAUGGAAUUUUUAGUCUGAAAGGGACCCUGUGGCUUUGUUUUCUGUAGGAAGGAAGCAGGACCCAAAGAAACUGAUUUGUCAAGUUCACUCCAGGGCUACAACCCCAGUGAUAUCGCUUCAAGGCUGUGAGCCUAUGGAACUUUCUGGAUUUUACUGGGAGACUUAUGACCCAGUUCCACCCUGAAGUAAACAUGGCCUCCUGAACAUGGGAGGCCUGAGGGAACAUUACCUCCAUCCUCUGGGGGCUGGGAGAGUAAAGAUCAUGCCAGAACUUGUGCUGGGAGAGCCUCUUUGGGGAAUUAAUUAUUGCUGUGAUGAUAUGGAAUCACUCUUCUGGAAGUGGUUUGGCAUAUUUAUUUUGUAGUGGUUUUUUGUGAGCCCUAAGCCAACUUAAAAAUCCUCAAUACCUUCCUGAAGCUUAAAGACAAACAUCUGCAGUU